AUGUCGGUCCAAUCAAAGCUAAUGGAGACGGUGAUCGAUCCGGACAAGAGGAAGAAGGUGAGAAUAACUCGGGGAAAGUCGAAGUGGUGUAUAAUAACGGCUAAAAGGGAGAUGCUCAAAAAAGGCCGCAAAAAGGCAGCAAAAAGAGUCCCUUCAUCGAACCUUUGAUGUUUUCUAGAUUUUUAAAGGUUCAAAAAAUGAUGGGAAAAGGGAGAGGCAGCAAAAAUGGUGCAUAAAAGCCGAUGAAAUGGCGCAAAAUGGUAGCAGUUCAUUUCAGUUGUAGAUGUGGAUAUUAAGACGUUAUUCGUUCUAUUUUUCGAGCGAUAACAAGCUAAUUCCUUGUUUUUGAUGAUUUCUCAUUUUCGGAGCCUGCUUUGAGAAGUUUAGGGAGGGGGGGUCAGAAAAAAGAGGAAACAGGAAUUUUUAAAGUUCAAAAAAUCUUCUGAAGAAAGUUAAAGUUCGGGAAGAAGUUCCUCUUUGAAAAAAAUUAUGCUUUUUAGAUGAAAAAAAUUGAAUCGUGUACUCAAUAUUUUUGCUUUAUUAGGUGCUCGAAAAAAAUCUUUAACAAUUACACAAAUGCUUUUUUGUACUAAAAGAAGAUCUCAAAAAAAUUUUUUAAGAAAGAAGGGCCCAAAUCUUCAAUUUUUACUAGCUUUUGAUGGAGUUUCUUGUACUUGGGUCCUCAUUUUUCAAAAAACUAGGAAGAUAUGCAAUGCAGGUAACUACCAUCCGUAUCUUGAAGCUUAUAGAAAACCAAGUUUCAGGGAUUUUAAGUGGAAUUAUCAGUUUUUAUAAGACAUUUUUAGGCUCUUCUGGCAGCUGGUGCGGCCGUUCUUGGCUUGGGAAUCGCUCAUUUAUGGACCCUCAGAAAUUGUAAGAAAAAUCUUUUUGAGAAAAAAAAAUUAACUUUAUAGCUAAAAAAUCGGAGAAAAUCUACACGACAUUGGAAGCGAAGACGAAGAAGAAAGGCAGCGGAUUGGACGCAAAUUUUCUGAAACAGCUCCGAGUUUUGCUCAAAAUUAUGAUUCCGCGGUUUUUCAGUCGUGAAACUGGAAUUAUUGGUUUUGAAAUUCUUCCAAAUUAUUAAAGAAAUGCUUCGAUUUUCAGCCAUGCAUUCUUUGAUUUUGAUCUGCCGCACUUUCCUGACGAUUUAUGUGGCUCAACUCGAAGGAACAAUGGUUCAAGCCAUUGUUCAGAAGGUUUGGGGUUGAAGAAAUUGAAAAUUCUUGAUUUUCUGUUCGAAAUCAUCUUUGACGCGCUGACCAUGCGCCUUUAAAUAGUACAUGACAGGUUUUUUUUCAGAUUGAGAGUUUUUAGAAGGCUUUUUUUCUGAGUUAUUAGGAUUUUCCGCCUCUUAAAAAGCUUAUUUUUCUGCAAAAAGGGCAAAAAACGGAACCCAAAAACAAUUUCAAUCGAGUUUUGGUGUACUUCUUAUCUUAUCGAAAUGAAAAGGAACAACGAUUUCUAGCCAAUCGUGACGUCAUUAGCAAUAGGAUCUGGAAUAAGUCUAUUUUAGUCUUUGAAAAGGGUAAAGUGCGCCCUUUGGAACACUUUUGAGGGUCUGAUAGUGCAAAUUUUUGAUUGGGUGGUAUUUUGGGUCGAAAUGAGCUUAGUUUUUUCGAUUUUUCAUCAUUUUUGCUACAUAAAUCAAGUCGAAAAAUGAAUAAAACGAAAAUUUUGAAGAAUAUUUUAUUCAUUUCUAAGUUACAAAACGACCCAUGUAUCAAAAUGGAAAGGGAUUCCUUGAAUAAAAAAGAAUAUAUUGACUUGUACUUUUUUCAAAGGUUAUGUUCAUAAAUUUUAAGUUUCUCAUCAUUUUUUUCAUUGAAUUCAAAGCCCAUUUUAUGAACUUCGUGCACCUUUUUGAAUUUCAUUUUUCAUAGGACGUGAUCCAGUUCAUCAUGUACCUGGCCCAAUGGAUCCUAGUGGCCAUCCCAGCCACCUUCGUCAACAGUAUGAUCCGAUUCUUCGAGUCCUAUCUCGGAUUGGCCUUCCGCACUCGGCUCACCAAACACGCCUACAAACAGUACUUCUCGGUAAGUUUCAAUUUGAGACUUGAACUUGUUGAAGACUUGAGCUUGUCAGUACUUCUCGGUAUUAUAGCCCUUUUGAGCCUUCAAAAUAAAACUUCAAGCCAUUUCGGAAUAAGAAAAAAAAGCUUACUAUUAGGUUGUUCAGAAAGUUCUUGCGGUUUUUGAUACUCCCCCUUGCAAGAAUUUCUUUGAACUGGAUUUUAGACUGGCCUGACGAAGUUAUAUAUCAUUUUGAAGCGCGUGGCAUGUUUUAUUUUGUAAGCGUAAUUGUAUAACUUUAAAAAAAAUUUUGUAAAUUUUAUGUAAUUUAGAAAUAAGGGUUAAAAACAGCGAUUAGAAUAGCUUUUUUGUUCUUCUAGAAUAUUCUUUGAUAAUCUUGUUCUUUUGAAAUUCCAAUUUGUGGCUCUAACUUCUUUUAGAAUGAGUCGAAAGGGAUAGUCGAUUCAUGGCUAACUUGAAACGCUCAGAAGGCGUGGUUUGUCUGCGAUCUACGCCAACCAGGCACUAUCUCUUCUUUUAUGAGUCGAAAGGACCCACUUUUCGAUGGCUCAAGCCAGCCGUUAAUCAGCUGUACAAGCAGUUUUUCUCGGUAUUCUAGUCCCUUGGAAAGUUCCCUCGUAGUAAACUUGGAACUUUAACUCGCAUCAUGACGAAAAUCAACAGAAAAGCUCUUCGGAAAUCUAGAAUUUGACUUUCCAAACGGGAUAAUAUUUUUCUCGAGUUGAGGUUUAUGCUACCUUUCUAUUAUUUUUGAGUUUUUGAAACAUCCUAUUAGCUCGGAAGUUUGGAUUUGGAUGCCCUUGAACACUCUAACCACUCUAGGGGUCACUGAAACUUUAAAUUGUCAAAAAGGCCACUAAAACAAGAACCGGGAAUUUUGAAGAAAAAAGGGUUUUUAAAAACUACAUAGAAGAAAUGUUCGAUUAAAAAAGCAUUUUUGUAUAUUUUCUGACGGAACUGUAUCUUUGUAAAUAUAUAUUUUUCGUUUUUCGAGUUCCAAGUAUCGAUUUUCCAGGACCAAACCUACUACGCCGUUUCGAACCUCGACAGUCGGCUCCAAAACGCCGAUCAAUGCCUAACCGAGGACAUCACAAUGUUCUCACAAAGUGUCGCUCAUCUCUACUCCCACCUCACCAAACCCAUUUUGGACGUCGCUUUGAUCACGUAGAACUUCUUCAGAUUCCUAUGAGAAAAUGAGUUUUUCCAGUGGAACUCUCCUGAGUAUGGCUAUUCAAAGAGGCACCGGCAAGAGCACUUUUGUGCCGUCUUUCUUGGCGAUUCUGGCCGUUUUUGGAACUGCCCGGAUUUUGAGGGCGGUCUCCCCGAGGUGUGUUCGAAAUCUACUACAAUCAAAGCUUGAUUGGGGCGGGGGGGAUUUUAGAAUAACCAAGUUUUUUUAAGUGGUUCUUUUGAAGCGAAGGGUUCAAAUUUCGUAGGAUUGAUUUAAAAAGUAACUGAUUUUCAAUAAGUUGUGUAAUUUAUUUUUCAAAAAUUACAAGGAAAAUAUUUUUUUUGGUCGGAACUAGUAUAAAACUAGGGUGUCCUGAACUAUAAAAAAUUUUUUAAAAGAAAUAUGUUUCCGAGUCACUACUUGAAGUCGCGUUAUGACGCUUCAAACCCAUAAAAUAACAUUUUUUCCAUAAUUUAUGUCAUUUGUGAGUUUUUCAGUAUGAUAACUCGACUAUAAAGGAAAAAUUGAAAAAUUUCUGUCUUUUUCUGAAAAAAAGCAGUAGGUUGUUGUAAAGUUCUAUCAAAAUUUCAGGCGCUAGAAAAAUCCUUUUUUUCCCCCCAAUUCCCUUGAAAGGAUUUGAUGUUGAUAAGCUAGAAUAGAGGUACAAUCCGUUUUUGGAUACCUGAAAGAGCUACUUUCCUCUGCACACUCUCUAUUUAGCGGGCUAUUUUCAUGUUUCUCUGACCUCGCCGAUGAGGGAACAGAGAGACGCGGACACUCGAGAAUAUCAACAAGAUUUUUUAAGAUUCGGCCACAUGGUAGCAGAAGAAGCUCGAAAAAAAGGACAUUUGCGGUACCUGCACUCGAGGAUCAUCACCAACUCGGAGGAAAUCGCCUUUUAUGGCGGCCAUGAGGUCGGGUUCACUUGAAUUUGAAGCUUUGUGGAUGCGUAGCGGUUUGGCCAUGGAACCCAGAAAUCCUGAGAAAUCAGGGAUUUUCUUAGAAACUUCAAAGUGCGCGAAAUAACGGGAAGUUAUGUACGGGUAAAUGUAGGGACCGCAGACGAAUUUUCAAAAAAAAAUUUUCAGCAUUGAGCUUUGUAUGGUUUGAUAGCUGUUUCGAUUUAAAACUCAGAACCGUUCAGUUUUUCAAAAAAGAUUGAGGAUGAAAAAAGUUAUGACGAAAAAUGUGGCGCGCCGCGCACCAUUUUUUUAGUACUGAAAUUUUGGUUUUCUCCAUUUUUGACAUUUUUCUCGAUUGUUCUUCUAGAACAAGUUUUGAUACUGUUCUAAUAUGAUGUAACAAAUCAUAAUAGAGUGCUAAAAUGAUAAAAAUUUGCUAGUUUGCCGUAAAAGUCGGUAUUUUCCAGAAAACAAAAAAACUGACGCUUGCGGGUAUCGAACUCGCGAACUCAAAAUGAAAAAUCGCAGCGCACGCGCUGCGCCAAGCUGUUAAGUCUAGCGCGGGGAGCUUCCAUCCGCCAUACCCUUGAGCCGUUUGGAUAGCACAGAUUGCCUAUUUCAAAAAUAAAAACUUGAAGUAAUUUAGCUAUUUUUAUCAGAAUAUGUUCGCAAAUCUUUGCUCAAACGUUUCGUGGAAAUUCACUUCGAAAAAGCUGUUUUUUAGUGCUUUUUGCCUCGUUUAACGAUCGCUGCAUUAAAACGGCCCCGUAAAUUUUUUUGGCAAAGACGAAUUUUUUUAUUUUUAUUCUUUUUAAUUGAAAGAUUUUUUUACUAAUAAAUGCAUAUAAUCGUUUAAAAAAACCUGCGUUCGACCGCUUUCUGUGUGAUAAACGCCGCUAAUUUUUAUUCUCUAGUUUCAAGAGCAUUUUUUUGGCGUAUUAAACAACUUUUUUUCAAGCACAUAUGCUGUGGAGAAAAAUUUAAGUAAGCACAUGAUCUAAAUUUUGACAAAACAAAAAAUCGAUUAUAUUCGCUUAUUAACUAUAUUUUGAAUUAUGACUUUCGGCACUCCCUAAAAUUUUUGGCAAAGACGAAUUUUUUAUUUUAUUGUUUUAAAAUUACCGUUACUUGAAUCAAAAUCAUUAUUUAAAAAAAGAAAGAGUGCGUUCGACCUGAAAACACAUGAAAAAGCAAAAAACGACAAAAUUUUUUAGUUGCAUUCACGUUUUUGUACGACAUUCCGCGCGAACGCAUCAAAAAAGCGUGAAAUAUUUUUUAAACGAAAGAGGAAGCUUUUCUGUACAUGUGUGCCAAAAUUUAUUAUCCAGUUCCACAUAUUUUGCAACUACAGCAAAAUGAAAGUUGAAAACCCAAAAAAAGCCACUUUUUCUAUCGCGAAAAGGGGCGUGGCUUUGCGGUCCCUAGGUAAAUGAAUAUUUGCGCAACUCGGUUUGGGUCGGGUUUUGGGAUUCGUACCUCAUUCCCUUGAAUCCCAAGCGUUGCGGCUGCGUAGCGGAACCAAGAGAUUCUUAGAAGUUAGGGAUUUUCUUAAUGACUUCAAAGAAACGAAAAAGCUGGAAGUUACGUCCGGGUAAAUGCCUAUUGGCGCAACUCGGUUCGGGUCGGUUGCACUAGAAUACAAAGAGAUUCAAGGCUUUUCGGUAGGAAAAUUAACAUAGAGGGCUCUGAAUAUCUCCUCUUCGUGCGCUAUUAUAUUUUUCUAGAAAACGCUUAAUAAAACUGAACACUUCAAGUCUAUGGUGAAGGAACCAUAAAAUUCAGGCCGAGUACAAGCAGCUGACCAGCGCCUACGGCAACCUGUACGAUCAGAUGUUAUUGAUCUUCAAGAAGAGGAUCCCCUACAUCAUGAUCGAGCAGUUCCUGAUGAAGUACGUCUGGUCGGGCACUGGAAUGGUCAUGAUCGCCCUGCCGAUCUUGGCCUCGGAGUAUGCGGAUACUGAACGUGAGUUUUUCGUUAGCUUGUCACAGUUUUCAUUUUUUUUUCCCCAUCUGAAGAACGCCCUCUCUUCAAGAUAUGUGACUGUCUUUGUUCAUGCGCCUUUAAUAUUACCGAAAUUCUAGGCUAGAUUAAAUGCGUAUGCACCAAGGUUGAAUCGUGAAAAAGCUGGUUCAGAAUGGGUCAUAUCCAUAAAUGAUUCAAAAGAGAAAAGGAAAAAAAAAAUUUACUCGGAAAAAAAGUUGACGUCUUGCCCGUAGAGCAACUUUGAUUCAAUAUUACCAUUCUUUUUAUUUUUUUGAAAUAUUUCUUCUCAAACUUUUGUACUUUCUCAAGUGGACCAUUUUUCACGCAAAACUUCACGAAGUUGCUUUCUUAAAACCUUAUUUUUUACUGGUCAUAUGCCGAUCAUAACUUUAAAAAGUCAUAGGUCGACUUAACUUUUUUACCCGCUGAACAUUGAAUGAUAGGUGUUUCCUGAGCCACAUUUUUUCAUUUCGGUAAGUUUUUCACAGUCUUUUUCGGUAUACUUGAAAACCAAUUUGGAAUCAGCAUGAAAAAUCUCACUGGGCUCAUUAAAAAGCCCCCCUGAAAGCACUUAACAAGGACAGAAAAUUUCAAGCGUUUUUAUUAUUUUUUUUUCCACGCUUUUCAAGAUUUCUAGCCUUCCAAAAAGUCAUGUUGAGCAGGUUUUUUAUUUUCAAAAAAAUUCAACAACAAUUUACUUUUUAGAAACCCAACGCCUGGAAGAUUUACCAGAUCAUGGAGUUUCGGAACGAACCAAAGGAUUCGCCACCGCCAAAAACCUUGCUAUACAACUCGGCGGACGCGAUUGAGAGGCUCAUGACCAGUUAUAAGGAGGUUAAAAAUCUUUACAAAUUUUUAAUGAUGUUUUUUUCGUAGUAACUUUGUUUCAUUUCAAAACUGAAUUUUCGGUAAAAAAAUGACUUCGCGAAAUUGGCGAGAGCCGUUAAAUCAAGAAUUAUUUCAGAACCAAAAAAAUUGAAAAAAAUCUUCUAAAACUAAGAAAUUUCCAUUCGUAAUCUUAACUCCCAAAAAAACCAACUUUCGAAAAACAACCUGAAUUUCGCCUAAAAAAAUUUCACUUUAUCGAGAAAAAAAUGUAAAAUUUUUAUUUAGAAAAAAAUGAGUAAAACUAUUAUUUUUCAGAUCACCGAACUUGCUGGCUACACGAGCAGGGUCCAUGAAAUGUUCAAAGUUUUCGAUGACGCCAAGAGAGGAGUUUAUCAGCGGGCUCUGGUUUCCGGAACCGAAGGUCAAUCCAGGGGCGAGAGGUUCGACACGAGCCGCAUCCAAGGUUUCUUUCGAAUUUUGGCCUGUUCCAAACCAGCUGAUCGAGAUUUUUUCUUUCCUUCAAGCUGGAGAUAUUAUUUUUUUUUUUCAUUGCAUCUCUAAACUUUUAGGAUCUUCAUUUGUUCAUUCUGAAUUAUUUUUCGUAGAAAAAUCAAGACUUUUCUUUAGAAAACGUAUAUUUUAUAAAAUCAGGCAAUAUUUUGUUUUUCCUUGGUUCCGAAUGAGUGAAAAAGUCGGCAAAUGUUGGCUUUUUCUGAAUUUUUCGGUUAUUAUUGCAGGAUCCUUUUUCUCAAUAUUUUCGUUUUCAGGAGUGGUUGUGGACUCUCCGACAAACGCGAUUUGCCUUCAAGAAGUUCCAAUUGUCACCCCCAACGGGGAUGUCGUUGUCCGGAAUAUGUCCAUCACGGUUUCAUCGAUUUUCUUCCUGUGCGAAUUAUUGAUUUUUAUUUUACAGAUCAAUCCAGGAAGCCACACACUUAUCACUGGACCAAAUGGCUGUGGAAAAUCGUCGCUUUUCCGAAUUUUGGGCGGUCUCUGGCCGGUUUACAGGUGGAAAAACUGAAGGGAAAAAGUGAGAUUCAAGCUUUCAGAGGCCGAUUAGAAAAGCCGAGAACCGACAAAAUGUACUACAUCCCUCAAAGACCGUACAUGACGCUUGGGACUUUGAGAGAUCAGGUAAAAUCAUCAUUAGUUUAUAGAGAAAGGUCAAAUUUGCUCCACGGAACAGUGUCUCUUUGCUCAGACGCCAAAGGACUUUCCCUGCCAUUUAGGGAUCACUUAAGGGAAAAAAUUAAUCGCUAAAUGUUUCAAAAUCGUUUGAGACGCGUCAGGUUUACAUUGCUAGUAAUUGAAUAGAUGUGUUCGGCUGAAAAUUGCAAAAAAAAGGGGCGUGACCAGCCAAUCAGACACCUUGUUCAUUAGAGCUAACUUCCAAGACUCGACAAUCUGGAAAAUAAUUUUUUCAGGUGAUUUACCCCCACACUUCCAUCCAGAUGCGAAGGGCCGGAGUGACGGACGAAGAUUUGGCCCGUAUCUUGAGAAUCGUCCACUUGGAGCAUAUUGUUGAGCGGGAAGGAGGUAGGGGCUUCUAAAUUUGGGAAAAUGUGCUCCAGCGAUCUAAGAAAAAACUUACGAAGGGAUUCUUCGAUAUAGUCAAUUUUCGAGUGUCUGUCUCUGUUCUCUCACCGGCGAGGUCCCAGAAACACGAAAAUAGCGCGUCAGCAAGUGAGGGUCGUCGAGAGACGAUGAGGGCGCAGAGAAGUCCCGCUCUUUCAAGUCGCAGAAAAACGGACUAUAAUUUUUCCUAUGAAUGAGAUGGAUGCUUCAAAAAUCAUGAAAUUAUGCUCUAGCGGACAGGGACUUGAAAAGAAAAACUUUUCUGUGCUCAUAGUCUGUUCAGAUUUUGAAUAUCAAACAGAAAACUCCGCUCCUAACGACGCUCUGUGGAUGGCUCGCUCCCUGAUUGGUUUGAUUUACGCAUAAGGGGCGGAGUUUGAGCAAAAGCUUGACAUUCAAAAACUGAACAGACUGUAGAUCUUGGGGAGAUAGAAAUGAAUCAACUAAAGGCUUUUUAGAAAUUAUUUCAAAAAUUUGGUUUGCUGAAAAGUAUUUUUAAGGUGUCGGAAAGUUUUUAUAAAAACAGGACGAAAAUAAUUAUGAGUUUAAAAGGUUGGAACGCACAAAACGACUGGAUGGAUGUGUUAUCCGGCGGCGAGAAGCAGAGGAUGGGAAUGGCUCGAGUUUUCUAUCAUCAGUGAGUUUGGAGGGAAGCUGGAAAGCCAGAGAUUUUUUCUAUAGCUGAUUAACGGCUGCCUUGAGCCAUCGAAAAAAGGGUCCUGACACGAUGAUGCACGAGAUAGUGCCUGGCUCGUGGAGAGCGCAGACAGGACACGCCCCCUUAGCGUCCCAAGCUGGCCGUGAAUCAGCUAUAGACUUUCUGGAAAAAAAAUUCAGAAAAACUUUUGUGUUGAUUUUCAGCUCAGCUUCAUUCGUAAAUUUGAUAGAUCUCGGCUACUCUCCCGUUAAAAAAAAUCGAAAUUUUUUGCAGACCAGAGUUCGCCCUGCUUGACGAAUGCACGUCAGCGGUGUCGAUCGACGUCGAAGGCAUCAUCUACCAAGCCAUCAAAGACGCCGGAAUCACCCUCCUCACGGUCACCCAUCGGCCCACCUUAUGGUCAUUUAUUUUUUCACUUUUGUGGAAUAAAUGAUAUAUUUAGUUCUAGAAGAUGAUUUCAGGAAGUUCCACACGAACCUCCUCCAGUACGACGGCGAGGGCGGCUACAAAAUGAGCAGCAUGACCGGGACGACCCUCGGCGACCGGAUGAGCUUCACCGACGAGAAGCGCGAGCUGGAAAGGAAGCUCGCCGAGGUCCCGCAAUGGCAGGACCGCCUCCAUCACAUUUCUCAGGUAUUCAUCAAGUAGAGAAAAUUAAAGCAAAAAUUUGCGCUCCAUUGAUAACUCCCUUUCGAGGUUUUUCAUUCUGAUUAGUCUUGUUGAAAUCUCAAAGAUUCAACGAAGCUGUGAAUUAAUCAACAAGUAAAUGCCUCUGAAAGAAAUUUUGCGCUCCGAAGAAACCUUAUUUUUUGAAAACGUAGUUGGGAAAUAGCCCGAAAAAGAAGACGGUUUCGUAAAGUUUAUUGCGCUCCAUCGAGAAUUUACUAUCUGAUACGUUUCAAAAUGAAAAAAAUCACCAGAAAAGAUUUUCAGAUGGGAAAUUUUGCCUAGGGUUUAGUAGAAAAUAGAAUACCCAAAAAGUCUCUUUUAGCUGAGUUUAUGCGCUCCAUCGAUAAUUAACUUUUUGAAGCUUUUAUUUUGGACAAAAAUAGUUGCGAGAAUAGCUGGAGAAAGAUAAUGAAUCUGUGAAGUUUAAUGCGCUCCAUCGAUAAUGUUUAAUGCGCUCCAUCGAGAAUGUUUAAUGCGCUCCGUCGAUAAUAAGUUUGUGAAUCACGAAAUUUUUACACAACUGUAAAAGCCUUCUUUGUCUGAUCUAUUGCGCUCCAUCGAUAAAUUAUUUUUUUAAUUUUUGACACUUUCUCGGCAUCCUUCUCACUCUUUUGCAGUUUUAAAACCUCUACAAACCGAUCAAUAAUUUCAUAAACCUUAAUUUCAGAUCCUGGGAGACGACAGGAACGGCGAAAUCUCAUUGGACACGGAUGAAAGCGGCGAAGCUGACGUCUGA